AUGAAGAAGUCAAAGAUGACAAACAAAUGGAAAGCUUUUAGGGGCGAUAGCAAACAACUCAGUGAUCUUAUUUUUACUGCUAAAUCAUCUGCUUCACAGUUCCAUUUAGAUACCAAGUUGAAAGUGUUCAUAGCAAAGAACAAAACAAAGAAUACACCUGACUUUAAGCUCAAAGGAAAUUGGUUCGAACGAUCUUGCGCUGUAUAUGCUAAGAACUCCUCCACUAUCGUUGCUGAAAUGAAUAAGAAGCGCACAGUUGACAGCGUGUUGUUUAAGAAGGACAAUUUCAUGGUCACUGUGUAUCCUGGCAUGGAUUACGCAUUCAUUGUGGUGCCUUUUGUCAUUCUUGAUCGAACCUUACUUGAUGCUGCUGGAAAUCCAAUUAUUACUCUACGUCACAAGGUAAAAUUCAUCCACGAAUGGAACGUUUAUAGGGGCAGUAGCAAAGAACCAAGUGAUCUGGUUUUUAGUGCAAUCAAAUCUUCAAUGUUUCAGUUCAAUACAAGAAACACCACAAUGAAUGCCCCUGAUUUCAAGGUUAAGGGAAGCUGGCUCCAACGAUCCUGCCUCAUAUAUGCUGGGGACUCUUCCACCAUCAUUGCCGAAAUGCAUAAGAAGGACACAGUUCAAAGUGUGCUGUUUGGCAAGGACAAUUUCAUGGUCAGAGUAUGUCCUGGUAUUGACUAUGCAUCCAUUGCCACGCUUAUUGUGAUCCUUGAUGCGAUUAAUGGUGAUAGAUAG